AUGCAAGCGGGCAGCGCAGCGCGGGGACGUGCUGUGCACCCAAUUCGCCUCUUGUGGCCGCUGCUUCCAGUGGCGGCAAGCGCGGCGGUUGGCGCUGUCCAGGCUAACAACGCCGAGGACGGCGACACCGCGCAACCCCGCGGAUCACCACCGCGGGACAGCGGGGCGCACGCCGGCGUCGCGCCGGGCCGAGGCGGGCUGCCGGGCAGGCUGGCGGGCGGUGGUGCGGGCCGCCCCGGCCCCGCCUCGCGGGGGCCGCCGGAGACCGCCGCGGCUCCCCGUCGCACGACCGCCGAGGCCGAGAGCGAGCGCGCGAUUCUGCGGACCAUCGAGACGUUCUACGGCCAGACCCAGGAGGUCCGGGCGAGCUCUCGCAAGCCGUCCCCGGCGCCUUCGCGCUCCGGAACGCCGACGAGGUCGAAGGAGCCCGCGCUGCCGCAGACGGAGUCCACCGUCGGCCCGCCCUUGUCGACGGGUUGGCUUCGUCAACCCGAUCCAUUGGCCCAGACAGCUGCAUUCGGCUUUGGCUCCCCGAUGGCUCCGACUUCGCCGCUGUCGCCGCCCAGGCGACAGAACACGAGUCCCCCGCCAUCGUCCAGCAGUCUGUGGCCCCCGACCUCGUCUUCAGGCGUGCCCUCGCAGCAGCGCCCCGGAACGCCGCCCCGCUCGAGAAGCGCGGCGCCGCCGCUCGAGUGCCCACUCGAGGCGCACGCGAGGCUUCAGCAGCAGUGCGGCCAGAACUGUGGCCAGCCGCACGGCGAGUCGUACGAUCAUCCCUAUGUCCACGGGGACUACUACGACCAAGGUGCCGUGCCCCGGUCUCCUCGCAGCUCCGGCCGCUACGACCUCACGCUCGGCGCCGGGGACCGCAGUCCCCGAGGCCUUCCGCGGCGAGCAACUUCUCCGUGGCGCGUAUGCAUGUAG